AUGCUGGAGCACGGGAAGGCGUCUUCGUGGCUGCAGGCGCCGGCGCUGCACAACAGCAGCUGCUCCGCGAGGCCCGCCUCCGGGGGCGCGGGGGCGGCGGCCGGGGGCGGCGUCACGCUGUGGGCCGUCACGCAGUCCAUGCUCGUCCUGCUGCUCUCCGUCGCCAUCCUGGCCGCCAACCUCACUGCCAUCGUCGUGCUCAACAGCCGCAGAUACUCCAAGUACAUACACGCACAGCCGCGCUACCUGCUGACGUCGCUCGCGAGCAACGACCUGGCCAUCGGGCUGCUGGUGACGCCGUUCGGAGUGCUGCCCGCCGUCUACCGCUGCUGGCCAUACGGCGAGAUCUUCUGCCAGAUACAGUCGCUGCUGCGAGGCGCGCUCCGCCAACAGAGCGCCGUCAUCUUGAUCUGCAUGGCCAUCGACCGCUACAUGUGCACGCUGCACCCCUCCAGGUACCACCGGCACUCCAGCAAGAAGGAAGAAGGUACAACAAACGUUCAGUUAAGGCCUCCAUUGCCUACAGUAAACUGA